UUUCGCGCGGAUUUUCGUCACCUUUGUUGAGACUGUGGUCCGAUUCGGAAGUGCAACAUUAGCACUAAAAGACAAGUUCAGGAUGAUGUCUAGAAGAUGGUUUCACCCCGAUAUCACCGGCUUUGAGGCAGAGAAGAUGCUGAAAACUCGCGGUUUCAACGGCAGUUUCCUUGCAAGACCGAGCAAAUCGAAUCCAGGAGACUUCACGCUUUCAGUCAGACGGAACGACGAGGUCGCACACAUCAAAAUACAAAACGCUGGCGACUUUUACGACCUGUAUGGGGGCGAGAAGUUUGCCACGCUCACCGAGCUCAUCCAGUUCUACAUGGAGAAACAGGGACAGUUGAAGGAGAAGAAUGGAGAGGUGAUCGAGCUCCGGCAUCCGCUAAACUGCGCCGACCCCACCACAGAAAGAUGGUUCCACGGCCACUUACCAGGGCGAGAGGCAGAGAAGCUGAUGAUCGAGAAGGGCAAGAACGGCAGCUUCCUCGUGAGGGAAUCGCUCAGCAAACCGGGCGACUACGUGCUGUCAGUGCGGACAGAUGACCGAAUCACCCAUGUCAUGAUACGGUGCCAGGACGGCAAGUAUGACGUAGGCGGGGGUACAAGAUUCGACACUCUAGCCGAGCUGGUGGACCACUACAAGAAGAACCUGAUGGUUGAGACCACCGGCACCGUGGUCCACCUGAAGAUGCCCUUCAACGCGACCCGUAUCAACGCCAGCGGCAUCGACAAUCGCGUCAAGGAACUGCAGAAGGAGCACGGCGCCGGCUUCUGGGAGGAGUACGAGUCACUUCAACAGCAGGAGUGUAAGCACCUCUACAGCAGAAAGGAGGGCCAACGUGCCGAGAGCAGAAACAAGAACCGCUACAAGAACAUCCUGCCGUUCGAUCACACCCGGGUGAUUCUGCGGGACCGCGAGGCGCUCGGGCCCGGAGCGGACUACAUCAACGCCAACUACAUCACGCCGGAGGAGGACUCGCUAGCGGGCGAGGCCCCCAGUAAGACGUACAUCGCCACCCAGGGCUGCCUCCCGACCACGAUCGCCGACCUCUGGUGGAUGGUCUGGCAGGAGAACUCGCGUGUCAUCGUCAUGACCACCAAGGAGGUCGAACGCAGCAGGGGUAAAUGCGCGCGCUACUGGCCGGAGGUGGACAAUGAGGCCACCUAUGGCAGCAUGACGGUGUCAAACAUCUCGGAAUCGACCACCGUCGACUACACUCUGCGGGCUUUCAACGUCAAAAAGAAGGGCUGCAGCGAAGAACGGAAAAUCUACCACUAUCACUUCCGGGCGUGGCCGGACCACGGCGUACCUACCGACCCUGGAUGCGUUCUCAACUUUCUCCACGACGUAAACUCGCAGCAGGAGAGUAUCGCAGGCGCCGGCCCGAUCGUCGUGCACUGCUCGACCGGCAUCGGACGGACCGGCACAUUCAUCGUCAUCGAUAUGAUCCUCAGCCAGAUCGACAGGCAGGGUCUGGACACGGAGAUAGACAUCCAACGUACGAUCCAGCAGGUUCGCUCGCAGCGCUCCAGUAUGGUACAGACAGAGGCGCAGUACAAGUUCGUCUAUCUGGCCGUUCAAUACUAUAUCGAAACGAUCCAGCUCAAACUGCAGGCCGAGCAUGUGAGUCAGAAGAUGGGCCGUGAGUACAACAACAUCCGCUACUCGACGGAGGCGGCCGGCGCUCCCGGCUCGGAAACCAAGGACGGCCGGAGGUGGGGACGCGGUCAGGGCGCCUGCUCGGCCGGCUGCAGACCAGGCCAGCUGUGUGUGCUCCACCUCCUCGCUCAGCCGGUGGGCGAGCAGCAACGAGACGGGCGCGCCACGCCGCAAGGGCGUCACCUUCUCCGACACACUGUCCACGGACACCGGCCCGGCCGGAGUGGCAGGGACAGCAGGAGCGGAAACAACAGCUCCAGCAGCGGCAGGAGCGGCUGGUUCGGACUCCUCAGAUACUACCUCUGCCUCGGAGGCGGCUCGGAGGCGCGUGGCGGCGCGCCGGCUCCCGGCCGCUGCCGCCACGGACGAGCUGACGCGUGAGCUGCUGGCGCGCGGGCAGCAGAUGUCAUUGUAUUUUACUUUCCCUGACAUUUCCGAGACAUUGUAUUUUACUUUCCCGGAGUUUGUAUCUUUCCUUUUCAUCAUUUCCAAACAUUAUGUCCGUUUUGGGCGGUGCACUCUAAUCUGGUGCAUCGCCGCGCAGGCUGCUGCGGUUGGGAACUGUACGUGCGUUCGGUGCCGGUGACAGGCACGUUGUAUAUAUUCAGUAUGUCCACACCAGUGACAUGUGGCGGAUCGCGCUGGACAACAUUCGCUGGUCAGUCGCCGGCCAUUGUAUGCCAUACUAUACCAAGCUUUGUUGCACCAUUUCUGCACAUGUUUCAGAGCUAUGAAGCG